AUGUACGGUGCACCAGCUGGGAGUGAUGGACGAAGUCCUGCUGCGCCUCCGACCUCAUUUUCGCCAGGCAUUCAUGGCAAAGGCCUUGAUGGCAAGGCCAAUUCAGCGCCAUCAACAUGGCCUUCCAUUGACCAGUUAAUAGCUGCGGUUCCUGUCAGACCCUAUGCCUUCGAAGCUCCAAAAAGCUUUGCAGGUCCUGCAGGUGGCAAUGGCGUUCAGUACGGCAUUCUGGAGUACGCUGGUUCCAUUCCAAAACCACACGCGUCGGGUGAGGCAAAGUUUUCUGUUUUGAAAGGUGUUUUGACAGACAAUGAGGCAGCUCAAUUGCUAUCCAUGUGCAGCCAAACUCUGAGCGAAGAGAUUGGCAGUGGAAGGGCACGAGAUCUUGAUUCAGUUGACGGAAGACCUCGUUUUGCUGUAGAUAUCGCUGAAUUUGGAGUGCUUUCUUCUAAAUGCGCGCCAGAUGUAAGGCCACUCGUAGAGACUGCUUUGCUGCCACUGGUUCGCCAGAAGUAUGACUGCCCUACAGCAAGCUUGUCAUCUGCCUAUUUCAGACGCUUUGUUCCAGAGGAAAGACGAUUUGUUCCUCCACAUUAUGAGCAUGGCUCCUUCGCAGUACUAGUGAUUGCUUUGCAAGAGCCAACAUCGUAUACUGGUGGCUUCUUUGUGCAAGGUUCUGGAAAGGCCUUUAUGGAUCGAAGGUUUAUACAGCUCAGUCGUGGAGAUAUCUGUUUAUUUCAAUACGAUCUUUGUCAUGGUGUGGAUGUGCAAGAGGGAUCUCAGCUGGAGCUGGUUUUGCACUUCAAAGAUUCUCCGCAAGCAGUUGCAGAUGGAACUUUUCCAUGGUACUGGUCUCUUGCCAAAGAGAAUCACUCUGCUGGGCUUUAUGGACAUGCCUUGUCUUUGGCAGUCCAAAAUCGCUUUUCUGCGAAGGAAUUCUUGGACAAGGCCUGUGAGCAGGACCAUGUCGAGGCACUUUGCACAGCUGCCGAAUGGUGUUGGGAGCCUCCAACUGAAUCUGGACUCCAGGAGUCAUCUGCUUCUGCUGUCGCGUUGUGGCGCAGAGCAGCUGAGCUCGGGCAUUGUCGGUCGAGGAGCCGCUAUGGGGGCCUAUUGAUGCAAGGUGUGCCAGGCCGUUUGGCCCAAGAUCUGUGGGAAGGUAAGCGACUGCUUCGUUUAGCUUUUGAACAAGAUGAUCCCGAUGCUGCGUUUCAUUUGGGGCACGCUUUACUCCAAGAUGGAGACCGAGAUGGUGCUACUAAACUCUUGGCUGCUUGCGCAAAGGGCCAUCCCCGAGCUUGCUUCCAGGUGGCUGAGAUGUACAGAGAGGGCCAAUUCCAGUUUCCCAAGGACGUGCAGCAGUCAAUCCGCUACACAAAGUGGGCAGCACAUCAAGGGGAUGCGCAGGCCUUGAGCAACCUGGGCCACAUGCUCAUCAAUGGAAUGGGAGUGGUCAAAGAUGAAGCGAAAGCAGUGAGACUUUUUCGUCAUGCAGCGAAACUCGGCGCGGCAGAAGGUAUGCUGAACUACGGUUUGGCACUUCUGCGAGGAAGCGGUGGAGUGAAGGUGGACUAUCAAGAAGCUUUGGAGUGGGCGCAGAAGUCUGCAGCAUUGGGGCACGGCUUGGCGCACCAACAGCUUUCAAUGUUCUUCAAUGCUGCCAAGCAUCCAAAUCCGCCGGCACGCUGUGUGCCGUCUUCAAUGGAGGAGCUUCGUUCGCUUGGCGUGCGCGAACUGCGAGACCUGCUGCGUUUAGAAGGCAUUGACUUCUCCGAUUGCGUAGAGAAGUCUGAUCUCAUUGCAAGGGCAGCUUUGCAUUUGCCGGGGGUCGCAGAGCCUUGGGAUGCAGCGCCUGAGCACACGGUGCUGUUGGAGCCCAAGAAGCUGAGCAAAGAGGACAUUAUGAGGCAGAGGGCACAGGCUGCCGCUUCAAAGCCUUCAGGCCAAGGAUAUGGCACUGCUCCAGUGGAUACGGUUGACAAAGGUGCAAACGAACCGGCAGUGAAGUUGAGUGAGGCUAGUGGAGGCCCUGCUCAAGAGAAAGAACAGAUGCCAACAGCAAAGCAGGACAUGAAAUUGGUGAAGACUUCCAUCGAGCAUCGCGUCUCCUCUACAGACGCCAACCGAGAGCUAGAGUUGCGCAUCCUUGCAGAGCAGGAGUUGAGGUUCAGUGAGGUCACAUCUCUCAGCCAGCGUUGCUCGACACUGCAACGGGAGCGAGAUCAGCUUCAGGCCAGUUUGACCAACGAUGUGGCCCGGCUGUCUGUCCAACUUGAGGAGGACAAGCGAAAAAUGGAGGAGUGUGAAGUGUUGAGAUCUGAAGCUGAAGCAAAGCAGCAAGCCUCCGAUGCCUUGACAAAGGAUCAGGCUGAGGAAUUAAAGCAGUGCAAGGCCGCCAUUGACGAAAUGAUGUGUAAGCGCAAAGAGCACACGGACUUGGUGUCUUCGCAAGAACAGGACGAGACUGAAUGCAGAUCCACAUAUGACACCGACACGAGUCCGACAAGAUCCGACAAGAAUAUCAGCGAACUCUACGGUUCUGAGCUGCAAAAGUGCAGAGAUGUGAUCCACCAGUUGAAGUCUGAGGGCUCCGAACAGUCAUCAGUGAUGCAAAGCAAACAGCAGGCGGGUGGCCUGCGCUUGCUGCCCUGUUGUGGAGAACGCGACGCACUUCGGGUUUCAGAAGCAAAAGAGUUUUCUUUGGCUUCUGAACGUGGGGAGGAGUUGCAACUGUGCAAGGAUGCUGUAGAGCAAAUGAAGUUGAAGAACAAAGAGCAACUCGCUUGGGUGUCUAGCCAAGAGGAGGAGCUGCAAAAGUGCAGAGAUGUGAUCCACCAGUUGAAGUCUGAGGGCUCCGAACAGUCAUCAGUGAUGCAAAGCAAACAGCAGGAAUUAGAUGGCUUACGAAUGGAACUUGCAGACAGGCAAGCGACGGCACGACGACUGGCAGAGGAGCGAGAACAGUUUCGUUCAGAAGCUGACCAGCUACUGGCGACUGAAGCAAUGCAGCUUGUGAGGAUCUCCCAGCGUGCCGAGGAGCUACAAACAUGCAGAGAAGAGGUCGAGCGACUGAAGUCAGAGGGAGUGGAGCAAUCUGCCCUUGCAAGGCGACAAAGCCAGGAGAUACGGCACCAGAAGCAGGAGAUUGAACAACUUCGUGGUGAAGUCAUGCGCAAAGAGGCAGCUGCCGCCCGCCUCCAAGAGGCACGGACUGGUUUGGUUCUGUCUGAAAACCAGCGACAAUUUCUACUGGAACAACGCAGAACUUCAUCGAAAGGCUUAAACGCUCUGCACACACAGCUCGAGAGCCACAUUUUGCGGCUGCAAAAGCACAGUGACGAACUACGUGGAGAGUUGGGUUAA